AAGCUGCGCUUCCAUUAAAAGCAAACAUUGCCUUCUUGAAAGACAUUACUUCGGUGCAUUCGCUCCUCGAGGAGAACAAGGCAGCAAACGUGGUCUUCUCCGUUGUAUAUAUAUAUCAGUCGCACGUUCUCGCUACAUUUUUAUGAGAGAAACACAACUUCUGAGCCAAAGUAGUUGACCAGCUGGAAAUCCAGAAUGAACGCCCUUUUUGGUCUGGUCACCUUGUCCAUCUCUCUGUCUUGGUGCAACGGAUAUUGCGUUACCCAUGCCAAGACUGGGCACGUGCACCUUGAUCGACCAAGGCCUUCUCACGGGUGUGCCGAUCCACAUAAUGGGGAGUCACAUGAAAUGGGUACUGUAUGGAAUUCAGCCAAGUGCAUGCGCUGCGAAUGCGGAGAGUACGAAGUCGAGUGCUGCCUCAGAUUUCUUCCAUAUAUCAUAUUUCCUGGAUGCUCCGGCUUUUUAGACUUGGAGAAGUGUCACUACAACCUGAAAUUGGGGGACCGUUCAAAGCCAUGCCCGGUUCAUCUUUUGAAGAGACGGAAAUAAACGGUGCACGUAAACCUGCCUCUGUGUCUCUUCCCUUUUAAUAAAUAAAGAGGUUGCUUUUGAAAAA